AUCCAGAGAUUCAAAUGCCUGGAUAUUCUCUUUUUGUAACAGUUUACUGCUUUAUUCAUUGUAGGUAUGGAGAGCAUUAUGGCAUAAUCACCUACCUAGCUACCUGCAUACAAAACCGCGGCAUAGCAAUUACAUCCAAUUAGGAUAUGCCAAUUUCCCGCCAAAUGUCUAUUUAUUCUCAUAUGAGAGUAACAAGACUCAAUGACACUUUCCAGCCUAGACUUUCCAGUCAGAAAACAAUACUGGCUGAAUGUUCAACAUUUCGCAGGGAACAUAGCGGCAUGCAUGCCUCAGGAAUGAAGACCAGCGGAAGAUCCCCUCUUCCGGAUGACCAAUCAGGCGGCAGUGACGUACCCUGGAUCUUGUCGAGAGCUUUCCAUAGCAAUCAGCCGCUGCUCUUCCUUCUCCAAAGCAUCUAUCUCCUCAUCUCUUCAUCCCCUCACUACCACUCGUUGUUCUCCUUUCUCACUGCGCUGAGCUCUCGAAACCCCUACACCUACAAUAAACAAAGCCUUGCUGAUUUCGCGCGACUUCUCAAACCUACCGUCAGCAUGGACCAUAACCCCGCAAAUAACGAUGAGGUCGUUUCGCAAUUCUGUGCCAUGACCAGCGCCAGCACUUCAGAAGCACAGGAAUAUCUAUCGACCAAUGGAUGGGAUAUCGAGGCGGCAGUGACAGAGUUCUUCGCAGAACAAGACGAAGCCUCGCAGAGGCCAUCGGGAGGUCGUUCUCUAGGAGGUAGCUCGGCUCAGUCACCGGCUCCUACACAGCAGGAAUCUUCGGGAGCACGGAAAUCAGCGCCCCAAAAGAAAAUUGCUACACUGGGCGACUUCACGUCUGGAGGUGGUGAUUCUUCCGAUGAAGAAGAUGAUGAGAACCAGGACAUGUUUGCUGGAGGCGAAAAGUCCGGACUGGCUGUGCAGAACCCUGAUGAUCUCAAAAAGAAGAUUAUUGAGAAGGCCAAGAGAGCCCAGCCCCCCACUUCUGAUGACAAUGAGCCUAGAAGGUCGUUUUUCACUGGAUCGGCCCGCACCCUUGGGGGCGAUGAUGCUCCUAGCAGAGUGAUCGAAGCCCCGAGUGCGCCGACCGUUCAAAGACCGCAACGGGUGCAAAGGACGCUUCACUUUUGGCCUGACGGAUUCUCUGUUGACGAUGGUGACUUGUAUAGGUCUGAUGACCCUCGGAAUGCAGAAAUCUUGGACGGCAUCCGGCAGGGGCGUGCUCCGCUUUCGAUCAUGAAUGUCCAACCAGGACAGGAGGUAGAUGUGGAAAUCAAACAGCAUGAUGAGAAAUACGUGAAGCCAAAGCCCAAAUACAAGCCAUUCUCGGGGGCUGGCCAACGACUCGGAAGCCCAACACCCAGCGUGAGGAGCCAAGCUCCUCCAGUAGAACCUACUGCCCCUAGUCAGAGCAACUCUGAACCUGUCAAACCCAAUGUGGAUGAGUCGCAGCCAACGGUAACAUUGCAGGUCAGACUUGGUGAUGGUACACGGCUCACGUCCCGAUUCAACACAUCGCAUACCAUCGGUGAUGUUUACCAGUUUGUUUCUGCGGCAAGCCCAGUCAGCCAGUCCCGCCCUUGGGCGCUGAUGACUACUUUCCCCAGUAAGGAGCUUACUGAUAAAGCUGCUGCCCUGGGCGAUCUCCCCGAGUUCAAGCGAGGUGGUGUGGUGGUUCAGAAGUGGCAGUAGAUGAACCUCAGAAUUAACAUAUCCAAAUGCACUUGUCCGGCCUCCAUACUCUUCAAAUGGUGACAGUGCUUUCUAUUUCUUUUUUUACUUUACAGUGGUCAACAAAAGGUUUCGGGUUUAAUGGCAAAAGAACAUCAUCUAGAGGUCUUUUACAGAGACUUGAUGGCAUUUUAUGGAAUAACGGAUACUAUUUGGUAGAUAGCAGACUUUUCAGAGAGAAAAGACAAUGCAAACCCAAGAGCACACAGCGUGCUUCAACUAGAGUCCAACAGUCCAAGUCAUCCCAUCAGUAAGAGCAGAAAUGAAGCUUGUCUUGCCUGCGAAUAUAAUAUCUAGCAUGCUUGAGACGAUGAACACCAUAAUUUCGCAUCCAAUGACUUUGUCUCAUUUGUCAUAUUAACGAAAACAGAUAUAUCUUGCAGUAAUAAUCAUAAAUGCAGCAAUGGCGG